AUGAUCCAGGCAUACUACGUCUACAUCGUCUCAACAGCUAUAGCAGCACUAUGCUUCGUGCAUUUCUUAGCUCGCGCGAAGUUGCCUCCAGGUCCACGUUCAAUUCCGUUUGUGGGGAACAUCUGGCAGUUCCCGCGGCGCAACAUUGCAGCCUCCCUCGCCUCCCUCUCCACAACCUACGGAGACAUGGUUUAUAUGCACGUCUUCGGGAGAGAAUUUCUAGUUCUCAACUCCGCUGAGGACGCGCUUGAACUGUUCGAUCACCGUGGAUCGCUAUACAGCGAUAGACCUCGCUCGGUCAUGGCCGGGGAUCUGGUGGGGAAGAAGCACGCCGUGCUAUUUCAUUCAUAUGGAGAGGGCAUUAAGAAACAUCGACGGCUGCUUCGGACGGCAUUCGAAUCUCGCCGUCAGGCUGAAUACUGGGAAACACAGUAUGAAGUAUCCCACAAUCUUCUUUCUGCGUUGCUCAGGACUCCGGACGACUUCCUGGCCCAUCUGAAGCGGGCUGCUUCGGAAUUCACUAUGCGCAUCGCGUACGGCUAUCAAGUGUCGGACGGUCCUGGAGAAGAUCACUUUGUGACUCUGGCAGAAGAGCUUGCACGACUCACGGCCAAAGCUAUGAAGCCUGGACGCUGGCUUGUUGAUUCCUUCCCAAUACUUCGCCAUAUACCGACAUGGUUUCCUGGUGCUGGCUUCAAGAGAUGGGCGCAGAACGCGCGCAUAACUACAAAUGAGUUUGCAGCUGCGCCGUAUCUCUAUGCCAAGAAGGCCGCUGCUUCCGGUGUACGUUCUUUUGUGAGUGAUACGGUUGACCUGCUAGAAGCAGAACUUGGACGUCCUCUCGGAAAUGACGACGACGAGUUUCUGAAAUGGACAUCUGCGAGCAUCUAUUCAGGAGGAACCGAUACAUCGGUAGCUAUUGAUUCGUCGUUCAUUCUGAUGAUGGCGCUAUACCCGGACGUACAACGCAAGGCGCAGGCGGAAUUGAACACCAUGAUCGGCCCAGAACGUCUCGCCUGCAUGGCGGAUCGUGCCCAUUUACCCUACAUUGAAGCCCUCAUCAAGGAGCUUCACCGGUUCAGACCAAUCACACCCUUGGUUCCACACACGACUCUCGUAGACGACGAAUACAAAGGUUACUGUUGA